CCCUAAAUAAUUUAUAUCAUCAAAUUUCAUGAUGUGAAAUUGUUUCUGAGGCUAAGAUUUCAAUGGUGCGGCCAUUAAUGGCAGGCGGCUACUUAGUGGUAGUGACAACUAUGAUGAGUGGAAAGUUUCCAAGAAAGUUGGAAGAGUCAGCCAAUACAAUGAGCUUAUCAAUUGUGGGGAAUAUAGCUCAUUUGUGUCACAGGUGUGGGAAUUGAGAAGCCAAGAUGUAUGUUUGUCCAAUGAAUCCACUUAUUUGGAGAACACCCAUUUAUUCCUCUGUUCUUUCUGAAUAGAAGUGUGUCAGAAAACUUCUGUAUCGAAUUUUUAUUUGGUUAUAUUUUUUGAUCUUGUUCAGUUCCAGCUAAUGCAUAAGAUUGGUUAUAUAUCUCCGGAUCGUUUGUUUGGGUUUUCUGGCUGCUGAUAUCACUGAGAUUACUGUGAAACAGAAAUAAAAUGGAACCGUGUAGACUCCCUGCUGCACUUUCAAUUUCCCUCCUUAUUUUUCUCUUCCUUGUUGAAGUUGUUUCCGCAGAGAAAAAAUCUGCUUAUCAUGCACUGGACGUUGUAUCUCGGCUGAGGGAAGUGAGUUCUCCCGUGCAGGUAUAUACCACCAGUGGAAAAGAGGAGAAGAUGGUUUCUCCAUGGAGCCUGCAAGUUUUCCACAGAGAUGGUUUAGUGAUGGGAAACGUGAGCUACGAGCAGAGGCUCAGAGAGAGGUUGGAAAGGGAUUCGCGGAGGGUGAAGACUCUGAACAGAUGGGUUGAGAAGAAGUUGAAUGGGAACGAGAAGGAAAGAAUAGAGGGCAAGGCGAAGAUUGAUGAUGUCGGAGGCGAUGUAAUAUCUGGCCUGUCAGAAGGUAUUGGGGAGUAUCUUAUCCGUAUAGGUGUGGGAACGCCAGCCACUAUGGAGUACCUUGUGUUGGACACUGGCAGUGACGUGACUUGGUUGCAGUGCAAGCCAUGCUCUCACUGCUACAACCAGGUGGACCCUGUGUUUGAUCCAUCCUUAUCCACUUCAUUCACCGCAAUUCCUUGCGAUUCCCAGCUUUGCAAUGAGCUGGAUACAUCGGGCUGUGACAAGAAGGGGUGCUUAUAUGGUGUCUCUUAUGGUGACGGCUCUUUUACUGUGGGACACUUUGUUAAGGAAACACUAACAUUUGGUACAGCACCAGUUAAGAGCAUGCCCAUCGGGUGUGGGCAGGACAACGAAGGGUUGUUCCAGGGAGCAGGAGGCUUGCUUGGUCUUGGAGGGGGUCCCUUAUCAUUUCCCAGCCAACUCGGGUCAUCUGGCACAACAUUUUCUUACUGUCUUGUAGACCGAUAUUCUGACAGCAAGGGCACUCUGCGCUUCGGCCCCGGGGCUGUCUCCAGUGAGAAGUCCGUCUUCACCGCGCUUCUCAAAAACCCACAAGUGAACACAUUUUACUAUGUUUCCCUGACGAGUAUUACCGUCGGCGAAUUGCUCGUGGCUCUCCCAAAGAACGUAUCUGGAUUCGACGAAAUGGGCAAGGGUGGGAUAAUAGUGGACUCGGGCACGACCAUCACGAGGCUACAAGCACAAGCUUAUGGACCCUUGCGAGACGCCUUCUUGGCGGGUACCACAGAUCUUCCCCGGGCGGACGGAAUGUCCAUAUUCGACACUUGCUACGAUCUCUCAGGGCGUCAAACGGUGGAAGUUCCUACUAUUAGCUUUCAGUUUUCGAACGGGGCUUCUUUAGCUCUGCCGGCAAGCAAUUAUAUAAUUCCUGUGGAUUCCUACGGGACAUUUUGCCUUGCUUUUGCACCCACUUCAAGAGAUCUGUCAAUUAUUGGGAAUUUUCAGCAGCAGGGCAUUCAAGUCUCUUUUGACUCUACCAAGUCUCUCGUUGGCUUUGCAGACAACCAGUGCUAAUUCAGUACUGGGUUUGGCUAUGCAUAAAAAACUAUCCAAAUUAAGAUGAUGAAAUCUACAAGUAUAUGACUCUGGUUUUCCACUGGGUUUUGGCUAUGCAUAAAAAAACUAUCAGUACAAGCAACACUCGUGGAUAAUAGUGUACUAAUAUGAGCCUGGCUUGCAAAAGGAGUGUAAUAGACUGCACGCCACCACUGUAUUUAAUUAUUUUAUGGUAUGUUUUGUGAACGCAGUUGCUGUGGUAGGUUAUUGGAUUUUCAUAUUGGUUGAAUUAAAAUUGAUCGUGUUAAUUAAA